CCAGAAAGGCUGAAUACUUCCACAUUUGCACACGCCAUCCCAACACCAUAAAAGGAUUACACACUGUAUGUGCGCUUUGACAGAUUUCCGCACAAAUAUCAUGUUGGAGAUGCUUGAGUACAGUCACUAUCAGGUGCCGUCCCAUCUCGAAAAUCCCAGUAAGUACCACAUCCAGCAGAAUCAAAGGCAGCAGGUGAGACAGUAUCUGUCCACCACAAGUGGUAAAGCUGGCACACAAUGCCCCAGUCAGCCACCUGAACACGGCAUGCCCGCUGGGCCUGGCAGCAGCGCCCCCAACAGUCCCAUGGCUCAUCUCACCCUCACCUCUAACUGUGAGAAAGAGGUACGCGUAACAAAGAUGGAUGAUGUUAUUGAUGAUAUCAUUAGCUUGGAGUCCAGUUACAAUGAAGAUGUUCUUGGACUUAUGGAUCAAGGACUGCAAAUAAACAAUACACUCCCUGUGUCCGGAAACCUUCUCGAUGUAUAUGGCAACCAAGGGCUUCCACUCCCAGGCUUGGCCAUUAGCAACUCCUGUCCACCCAACAUUAAAAGGGAAUACACAGCUCCUGGCAUGAAGCAAGUACUGGGCAAACCUGGACCCUGUGGCCCGUAUGAAAACUAUCAAAGGUCUGAUGGCUUUCCAGUAGAGGCUGAAGUUCGUGCACUCGCAAAAGAACGACAGAAGAAAGACAAUCACAACUUAAUUGAACGAAGACGACGAUUCAAUAUCAACGAUCGCAUAAAAGAGCUUGGAACCCUGAUACCAAAGUCAAAUGAUCCAGACAUGCGCUGGAAUAAGGGCACCAUUCUGAAAGCCUCAGUGGACUAUAUCAGGAAACUCCAAAGGGAGCAGCAGAGGACCAAAGAGCUCGAGUGCAGGCAGAGAAAGCUGGAGCACGCAAACCGCCACCUGUUGCUUCGUAUACAGGAGUUGGAGAUCCAGGCUCGUGCUCAUGGUCUCACAGAGAUGUCAGUCCCAUCUAUCUGCACGUCGGAGCUGAUGGGCCGGGUCAUUAAACAGGAGCCCAUGCUUGACGACUGCAACACGGAGCUCUACCAUCACACCUCAGCUCCUGACAUGUCCCCUCCAACCACACUGGACCUCAACAACGGCACCAUUACCUUUGACUCAAUUCCUACAGAUACUGGAGACGCAGGUCCAUACGGAAACCCCAGGACCUGUAAAAUGAAAGAAUUGGUAAUGGACAACACACUGGCACCCAUUUCCCCAAACGACCCCUUAGUGUCGUCAAUGUCGCCCGAUGGCUCAGUUACUGUCCACCACAGCUCGACCUCUAUCUCAAGUAUGGAGGAGAAGGAGCGUGCCUGUUAGUUGUUAGUGUCUUACGCUCACUGACUCUUUGAGACACACCUUUUCCUGGUGUCGUUAUUGACUAUUUGAAACGAUAUUUGUUACUGUAAAUACAGGUAGGGCAGCACAAUGGUGUACGAGUGCAACGGAUGCCAGCUGGUGUGGCGUCGGUAAACCUCACUCCCUGACGCUUUCAGAGUCUCUGGGGACAUCGAGUUGACAGGCUGGGCUUUUAGCUCCAUGGCUAGCACUCUAGAUUCUCAUUCCUUGAACACUGGUUGGACCCCGGGCCAAAUGCGGGGCUGAUCCAGGUAGGUUACAUAACAAAAAGGUUUGGGUCGGGGUCAGAGUUCAAACCUCGGCUCUGACAUUCUGCCUGUCCUUGUGUGAGUUCUUUCUCACUCUCCUCACAACUGUUAGGAAUGGAAUAUUUUCCUCUGUAUUCUGUAUUCUGCAACAUGUUAUGCUCAUCUAUGACAGAGAGAUAGCACAUUUACCAAGACCUUUCACUUGGAACAAAAGAAUCCAUGUUCAGAUCAGAUCAAUACACCAACAAACAGUUAACAUGAAGUUUCCUGAUCAUUGGGAUCGCCUCCACAAGCUUGUGAGGAGGAGAAGGAGCUUAGUUCACUUCAAAGAUUGCUUAGACGUCGCUAGACUUUGGCUGGUGGGCUGACCGUUCUCACCAGCUGCUUGUACCGACUCCUUUUAAUAUUAAAGUGCAAACCUUACUUGAACCUCUCAGCAUUAUUUCCCAGCCGGUAGAACAAAAUAACGUGGGUGGACUUCACCUUGCUAAAAGGGCAGGUCCAAACACAGCCCAACCAAAAACGCCAGACUAUCUUAGGUAUGACUGUGACCGAGUGAAUGGGACUGUGAAUGCAACUGAUUGGUGAUCAGCCCCGAAUGCACCACUGUGUCCCUGAACAGUACAGUAGAAUGGAUACCAGAUGUGUGGCUGGCUGGAUGGAUGUCUCCUCUAAUAAUCAUUGAAAUAGCUCCUAGGCCAGUUUCGUUGCUUCACCAAUGUUAAAAAACUAAACUGCUGGAAGUUAUUCAAGCAAUGCCCAAGCAGACACACGAUGUUUUGGCAAAGGGCUUUUUGAGGGUAAUAAAUGUGUUUAUCAUUGUUUUAUAUGGAUAUGUUCUAUAUCUAUAUGUGUAUCUUAACGUAUGUUCAUUAAGAUGGGUAUGGAUGAGUAUUGCAAGUUCUUGAUUGUACUUUUUUGUAUUUAUUAUACUUUUUUCUUCUAAUGGGAAUGUUUGUCAUCCUGCUUUAUUUCCAUGUUGCAUGCAUGUCACCACAAAGCACCAAAUCCACACUUUGAGGCAUGCAGGUAAUAAGGACAUCUCAGCUCGAAGGUGGUUCACCUCUAAGCUAUUUGUGAAGUGCUGGCUGGUUUAAGAGCACUUUGGCAGUUCUCAGGAAGCAGACCAGCAACUCUCCUGUCCCCCAGUCCUCAAACCAAGUUAUUCGAUACUGCGCUACUGCCGCCACCAAGUUGAUGCCACUUUUUUAAAAAGUAGAAUUUCAAAUGUAGAAAGUUUGUUCCUCGCUUCUUUUUGGAUGAAAGCACAAAUCCAGGAUCCCGGAUUAGAAGUAUGCAUGAUCAAAUAUUUUGGUUAUACAUACUGUACAUAUUCCAUGAGAUGAAUAACGCUGAACCGAUGUAUAGCAUAUCUGUUUCAAGGUUUCAGGUGUAUGUUCAUUUU